CUUGAAGUGGGCCACGUUUUAAGUUCAGAGGUUUUUUUUUUUUGGUUUGUUUUAAGUUCAGAUUUUUGAAAAAGGAAAACCCUGGGAAGACAAAGUGAACAGAAUAUCUGAGUCAUUACAUCAGACAAUUAGGAAAUUGGACUGUAAUAAUUCACCAUGGCUUAUGGCUUGCCAAGAAAGAACGCAGUGGAAACCAUUUUGAGGUGCAGUUGUUAUAAAGUACAGGAACCCUGGGAACUUGUAUUACUCACAAAGACCUGGUACACAAACCUAGCCAACAUCAAGUUGCCUUUCUUGGAAGAAAUUGCAUUUGAUAGUUCUAUACACCUCAAAAAAUGUAAAACCAUUAAGGAUGGUGUGCUCCCUUCAGCAGAAUCCAUCCAACUUGAAAGGGAGUAUGAAAUGAAGCGCUUGAAUAACCUGAAAUGUGAGGAAAAUGCAGCCAAGGAAAUUCAGUUUUCCCUAAGAGAAAGGCCAGUUGGUUUGAGAAGACCUCUCCCACCUAAGUGACAGUCAUCUCCUAGUUGAAUCUGUACUCUGUGCUUUCUGCAUCCAAAGAGGAUGAAGGGCUCUGACCUUCCACUGUGUGAAGUUUGGUGCAGUCAUCUGAAUGCCCCCUGGUGGAUGAGCCAGCUCCCGUGGGUUGACAGCUCUGAACAGAUCUUCUGGGUCCCAGUCAUGUAUUUGUACCAUUGUAUCACAAGCAACAGUACUGUAAGUAAAUGAAAAUGUAGCUGGCAUCGAGUCAUUUGUGCUAUUCAUUUUGAUUUUUGUAAAGUUGCACUAAGGAAAAAGGAAAAUCCUUGUCAGAGGCAUCCCCCCAACAAGAGACAUUAUUUUGAAGAAUAUUUUGAAUUUUCAUCUUUGAGACCCCAAGGAGGUACCAAGAAAGGAGAGAGGGAAUUAUUUAUAAAAUGAUUAA